UAAUAACAUAACAGUAGAUGACUCAAAAGAAAAAAGACAAACAAUAGCUUCUCCCGAAAAAUCAGUCUGUUUUUCUUUUGAUAAACAGUUCCUUUUUCGAAAACUUGAAAAGAAUGGUGGGCGCGAUGCCUAUUGAUUUAAUACCGAAAUUUUGCAACGGUGCUAUGGACAGUGUGAACGGCGGCGAGGAUAUUGAAUACCAAGUGUCCGUGGGCAGCCGAGUGAAGUGCAAUGACGAUUUCGGUACUGUAAAAUACAUUGGGGAGGUCCAGGGAUAUAAAGGGAUAUGGUAUGGAGUGGAAUGGGAUAACGCUGAACGCGGUAAACACGACGGCUUUGUCGACGAUAUUCAGUACUUUAAAACCACCAAGAAAGGGGCUGGUUCCUUUGUACGUCCGAACAAAAUUGCUCCUCUCAGAACUUGCGCUGAAGCAAUUCGCAAGUAUUAUGGAGAUCAGGAGGAUGAGACUGUGGCAGCGCAUCGCAGGACUGUCAUCAAUGAGUGGAAGCGUGAGAUGGGAGCACCCUUCAUUGAAAUGGUCGGCUUUGAGAAGAUACACCAAAAGCAAAAGUUCGAUCGUCUUCUCGAAGUUUGCGUCAGCAAUCAGAACAUAGCAAAAGCAGGCGACGUAGCAUCGCUGUGCCCCAACGUGCGAAGUCUGGACGUCUCUCAGAACCUGUUCUCCAACUGGCGUGAAGUCAUCCAGCUCUCAGCCCAGCUGCCCGAUCUCAGAGAGCUGAAUGUCAGCAAAAACCGUAUGGCCAUAGACAUGCCAGAGGAAACCUUAACAAAACUGUCCAUCAAUUUUGCCAACUUGGAAAAACUUAACAUUUCGGUAUGCGACUACGAAUGGUCAGACAUCCUAGCACUUUCUCAUCUCUGGCCCAACGUAAAUGAAAUAUUGGCAGCGUAUAACCGAAUAAAAACCAUAACCCCACCAGAAGAUACUUUACAUGUCCUCAAGGUAUUGAUUUUGGAUGGAAAUCCCAUAGAUUCAUGGCGCGAAGUUAUGAACCUUGGUAUGUUGAAGAACCUCAAGGUUUUGAGUUUGAACGACUGUCAUAUUGCGGAAAUAAGGUUUAAUGAUUACCCGGGGAAUGGAAAAGUGGACGUUUUUGAAAAUCUGGAGGUGCUAUUUUUGAACAGGGAUAGAAUUAUUGAUUGGAGAUCAGUCAGCGAGUUGGAUAAGCUAAAGUCAUUGAAAAAACUAUAUUUCCUCAAGAACCCCGUACAAAACAAUGAAGACUACGACACUGGCUCCCAACUUAUUAUAGCUAAAAUUGGAAACCUCCAGGAACUGAACGGCUCAACUAUAACACGGGAAUUACGUCGCGGAGCGGAAUACGACUACAUGAAACGUUAUGGCGCUGAAUGGAAAAUGGCACAAAACGACCCUCAGAAAAAGAUGGCAUUCGAUCUAGAGCACUGUCGCUUCCAGGAACUUAUUAACAAAUACGGCAUCCCAGACGACAGCUUACUAGUCAAACAACCAAAAACAACCACACUAACUUCGCAACUCCUAGAAAUAACACUCAGAGACGAAAACGGGAAAUCAAUAAAAAAGAAAUUCCCCUCCACAAUGGCAGUUCAGAAACUGGUAACACUGGCGCAAAGACUUUUCUCAAAAGGCAAUAAUGGCACACCCACGCUACAUAUCGUCGAUGAAGCAAUGAAAGGAGCCGAAAUCAAAUUGGAUAAUGUUAUGAAAGACUUAGCAUAUUUUUCCAUCAAAAAUGGCGACACAAUCAUCAUCAGAUUCAGAUAAUUUCGUUACUGGCAACACAAUUUAUUAAAAAUAAAAUUAAUUUUAAAAGCCUAGAACCUAGAGCCAUGCUGGCAUUUAAAAAAAUAACAAGAGGCAAGUGGGCAAUAAUCUGUGGAGCCAUUAAUUAAUUAAAAAGUAAAUGAAAGAGGCCAGAAUCCAGAGCCAUAUAGGCCAGUUAAAAAAGCUGCUAAAUUAUUAUAGUUGGCGCGAAAAUUGUUUUUUUUUUCAAAAGUUCAAAGUUUAGCUUUGUAAAU